AAUCAGUUAUUUAACUGAAAGUUGGAUUGCAGGGUACCAAGUCACGAUUACUAAAAAUCCUAUACUUGCAUACAAAUUAACAUGGAAAGUAAAUAUAUCCACAUUGCAAAAGGUUUAAUACAUGAUCAAGAAAGGUAUAGUUUGAGGCAGUUUUGUUAACUCAAAAGCGUAAGUAUUGCAAAGUAUUUAUAUGAAUAAAACUCCAGCUUUCUAAUGUGUUUGAAUGCAGUAACAGUUCACAUUGUUUGUUGUGUUGCCAUGUUGAAUUUAUUUUAGCGAAAAAAUUGAGAUAAAAUUCAACUUUUAUGUCUGUUUAAUUUUCUAUUUCUGAACGCUGGCUGCAUAAACUGCGUAAACUAAGGAAAGCGUACACAUUUGCUUGUGCGAGUUUCACCUUUAUAUCGGAUUCAAUAAAUUAUCGAUAAAUAUAAAAUAUCAUAAAAGUCGAUUUUUCUUAAUUUCAUCAUAACUGCUUGUCCAAAAUGUGUAAACAAUCAUUUCAAAAAUCCUAUUAUUUAAAAUUUUAAAGUUUGUCAUCAAUAUGAAUGCAAAUGGAUUCGAACAAUGGGGGGGCUAUAUGGAUGCAAAAAUCACAAAGCUCGAGGAACAAUUUUCCGCAUCUAGCAAUCCCUACCGAAAAUCUAAUUUAUUUUCUGGAAUAUCCAUUUUUGUCAACGGUCUAACUAAUCCUUCAGCUGACGAGUUAAAACGAAUCAUGAUGGUCCAUGGAGGCAUCUACUAUCAUUAUGAACGUUCCCAUACCACUUACAUCAUAGCAUCUAAUUUGCCAGAUGUAAAAGUUCGUAAUAUGAAUACCAGUAAAAUUAUAAGCCCACAAUGGGUGGUCGACUCGGUAUCGCAGCCAAGCUUAGUCUUUAAGAAUGUUAAAAAGAGUGUUCGGGAGAAUAAUCAAUCAAUAAAAGAAAAUUACAAUGCCGCACAUAGUAAAGAAGUUGCAGUUCAGCACGAAACCAGUGCAUUGACAUAUGCUGAUAAAAUCAACAAUAAAGAUUUGGCGCGUACUGCUGUUGAUCCGAAAUUUCUUUCAGAAUUUUAUAAUAAUUCAAGAUUACAUCAUAUCGCAACACUUGGUGCUGGUUUUAAGCAGUACGUAUCCGAUUUGCGUGAUCGACAUGGUACAAACGGUUUUCCAGCACGAAAAGAACUGAAGGAAAAACUAAAUGUUAGUGUAAAUGUAAAGACUAGAACAUCUGCGAAAUAUGUCAUGCAUAUCGAUAUGGAUUGCUUCUUUGUGUCUGUUGGUCUGCGGAAACAUCCCGAAUUAAAGGGUCAACCAGUUGCUGUCACACAUUCAAAAGGCGGAGCGAGCGCAAAUGAGGUUCCCGUUCACCCAGGCGCUGACCGCAAAACUGAAAUGGAAUUGUUUGCAAAGCGUUUUGAGCAACAUUUACACAACAAUAUUUUAUCUGAGAAAGUGCGUGGAGGUUUCGAAGCUAAAAUGUCACUUUCGGAAAUUGCUUCAUGUAGCUACGAGGCCCGCGCCAAAGGUAUACGCAAUGGCAUGUUUGUCGGACAAGCUUUGAAUUUAUGCCCUGAAUUAAAGACCAUACCUUAUGAUUUCGAAGGCUACCGUGAAGUAGCUUACACCUUAUAUGAUACUAUAGCUCAGUAUACGUUAAAUAUUGAAGCUGUUAGUUGCGAUGAAAUGUUUGUUGAUCUAACAGAUAUAUUAGACGAGAUGCAGGUGGAACCAAUGGAAUUUGUGCGUGCUGUGCGCGAAGAAAUGCGAGCAAAAACUGGGUGUCCAUGCUCCGCAGGUGUAGGUGGAAAUAAGUUGCAAGCGCGCAUGGCAACAAAACAGGCCAAGCCAGAUGGUCAGUACUUAUUGCUGCCAGAAGUUGCUGAAGAGUAUAUGGCAGACAUAAAAAUCGAAGAGUUACCCGGUGUGGGAAGUAGCACAGCUUAUACUCUGAAAAAUAAUAAUUUAGUAACUUGCGGAGAUCUUCAAAAGAUUUCGCUAUUGAAAUUACAAAUGCAUGUUGGCAAAAAAUUUGGCGAGACGCUUCAUCAGUUCUGCCAUGGUAUCGAUAAUCGUCCGCUUACUUAUGGGCAAAUACGUAAAUCGGUUUCUGCAGAAGUGAAUUAUGGUAUACGUUUCAAAGAAUUCAGUGAAUUGGAAACAUUUUUGCGACAAUUAUGCACUGAAGUGCACACUCGCCUUACCGACAUAAAACGACGCACGAAAUGUGUUACACUAAAGGUAAUGGUACGCGCUAAAGAUGCACCCCUUGAGGCAGCUAAAUUUAUGGGUCACGGCGUAUGUGAUCACAUAACAAAAUCAGUUUCACUCUCAGAUUAUACAAGCGACGUAGAAGUGAUCACGCGCACAAUUAUUGCUACUAUGAAGGCACUGACGAUACCACCAAAUGAAUUGCGUGGCAUUGGCAUUCAACUCUCUAAACUAAAUGAUCCUAACGAAAGCAAGGCACGAAAGGAGAAUGCAAUAAUGAAUAUGUUUAGCAAGGUGGCGGAAAAGAAAAAAGACAAAAUCAGUGAACCGUUCGAUAAUAAUAUUGACACUAGUAUCACAAGAGAUAAUGCUGCUACCAUAAAUGCUAAUAUGCCGAUAAUAUAUAAGGCAGCAUCAAAUGAACACAAAUCCGAACAAAACAACAAAGAUCUUGGAAAACGCACUCGAGGUAAGAUUGCUAGUGGCGUCUCGGAGAAAAAAUCGAAAAAUACGCCUGAUAUAAUGGACUUAAUGCAAAAAGCCAAAUCAAAGCAACCGGUCGUAUCGUCGAGUAACACUCCGAGUAUUAACAAUGCCAUACCGAAAGAUAUCGAUCCAGAUGUAUUUGCGGCUCUACCAGUCGACAUACGUAAUGAAAUUUUACAAGCCCACAGUGGAAGUGUACAACAACCAAUGAAAACCGUUACGUCAACUCAACCACUAACUAAUUCGAAUUUAAGCAUUCUAAACGAAAGUGAUUUCCAACCAUCAACGUCCAAAGCAGCCGAACUAAAAAAACAACGUAAACAGCUGCAGAAAUUACAAAAGCAACAAGACCAUCAAGUUAACGCAUAUAAUUUCACAAAAACGCCGCAUAUUGAUCCGGAAUUUUUGGCGGCGUUGCCAAAAGAGUUACGUAUGGAAGUGGAGAAGGAAUAUGCGCAGCUACCUGCAAAUUGUGAGCCACCUGACUUCGUGAGAAAACCUAGCAGCAAGUCACCAGAAAAUUCUGAUGAACAGCGGCACAAAAUACAAAUAUCUACCGACAAUAUUUUCAUGCAAGUGAACUGUAAAGAAAUAAUUUUAGCUUGGUUAAAGAGCGCCGACGAACCAGAAGCAUAUGAUGUUGAUUUGAUUGCCAAACAUGCUGAAGAAAUGGUCAGUACUGAUGAAAUUGAUACACUAUACACGCCGCUAAUAUAUCUCUGCAAGUUAAUAAAUAUCCAGAAGAGUAGUGGUACAACUAGUGAUUGUGUGUGGCACAAAGCCUACCUGGGCAUAAUAAAGGUAGUACAGAAGCGAAUGGCAGAAGCUUAUAACGGCCGUAGUCUGUUUUUGGGCGUAAAGUUGGAAUGUGAUAAAUGUAAAAAUUCGUUAAUAAAGUGAUAAGAACUUCUCUACUUGUUGCUAUAUAACGGAA